AUUGAAGAUUUUGACACACACACACACACACACACACACACACAAUCUGACAAUCUGAAUUAAGUAGAUCUAGUUUGACGAUUCAAUGUGCUUCUUGACAUUGUAUUUUCGCUUAAGCUAGACAAAAAGAUUUGCUUAACUAAAUUUAGCUCUCAGAUUUCAUUGAAAGAAGCCGAGAAAAUUAACUUUAAAGUUGCCAAAAAUAAAUUUACUUUUUUUCCUGAGAAUCAGGAAAAAUAAAAUUUGAAAUUGUAUUUAAAUUGACAUUCUCAAAUUCUUAAAAGAUGGUUUAGAUCGUGGUUGAACUCUGACACCGAACUCUUUGAUUGUUCGCGCGUAACAAGCAAGACGAAGAUGCUGAUUGUGGGUAGUUCUAGAGAGCAUAUUGCGUGCCGGCUUUUGCGUUACCUUCGUAGAGACGCAGACUGCGUGAUUCUUGAUCGGCGACGCCACGAGAACUUCCGGCAUCAUCGCCAAAAUUGCGCCGUCUUCUUGGCAGAGUUUCUGGGCUUGUGACGCGCGUCAGUGUGAUUCCCGGUGCGGGAGCAGUGAUUGCAUUACUCACCAAUCGUCGGCCAAAUCGUGCAAAGUGACUCGCGAAUCGUUGCGGGAUCACCGUUGGAGGAAAAUCUUCGCGUUUAACAAUACAUUGUCAACCAUGUCAGGAAUCGGAAAUCGAGAUUUGUCGGAUUUCCGUGCUCAUCGUUUAAGGCAAAUCAGACUCGAAAUUAAAGUGCGUAUCAACGUACAAUAAAUGCAUGCCUUUAACAAUGCAUGCCGUUAUCUUAGCGGCAUCGCGAAAGAUUUUUCUCGGACGAGUAUUCCAGGAUCAGAACGUGCGUUAAAAAUCGAAGAUUUAACUCAGAAUUUUCACUUAAACUUGCAACGAUCAUUAUGCUUUAAAACUACAUCACAUUUCUAAUAUCCUGCCAUGAAUAUGAUCUUCGAUAUUGAUGCCGACCGAGUGCAUCGCCAACCCGUUGCAGCGGGAGCUGGCCGACGCGAUAAUACGGCUGCAGCCGCUCGACGAGAUUCGGAUCCUCCUCGCCUGCGGUGCCAAGCCGAACGAACCGGUCACCCAGGGCCUCAGGCCCUUGCACUACGCCGUCUGGCAGCGCUACACCGAGGCCGCCCAGCUGCUGCUGGUGCGCGGUGCCGACAUCGACGCCACCGACGAGUGCGGCUACUCGGCUCUGCACCUUGCCGCCGAACACGGCUAUCUGGACCUCGUGAAGCUGCUACUCAAAUAUGGCGCCAAGGUGGACCACAGGCAGGACACGGGAGAGCUCUUUCCCAGAACAAUGUUGUGCGACGAACCGCUGCGUCUGGCCCUGCGAAACCGUCACGUCGAUGUCGCGAGGACCUUGCUCGAAGCCGGCGCGAAUCCGAACAAGAGGUACUUCUUCGGCUCCGAGAUUAAUCUGGUGUCGCCUCUGGAUCUGGAAUGCAUGGAACUGUUGCUGGCCUUCGGCGCUCAGCCGAAUACGCGAGAUCGUGCCGGGUUGACGCCUCUCAUGAAGGCCGCCAGACUGCCACAGGGCAUAGCUUCGGUGCUUCUGCUGUUGAGUUACGGCGCGGAUGUGAAUGCGAUGGCGGACAUUAGACACGAUUACCGUACAGUGCUGCAUUACGCGAUUCUCGGCGGCGAUCCGGCAGUCAUCAAUCUACUUCUGAAGCAAGGUGCUCGGCUGGAUCUCGGUCCAGAUUAUCAGAAGCCGACGGCCUUGGAUCUGGCUAUACUCAAGGGAGACCCGUCGAUCGUUGAGAUGCUGCUCAAGGCAGGUGCGGACGUGAAUGCUACAUCGCCGAUCAUCGGCUCGCCAUUGCAUGUAGCGUGCGCGGACAACAUCCCGAACCGGCUGCAGAUCUUGUGCAUGCUGCUGGAACGCGGAGCCGAUCCGAAUCUAGUGAUACGUAGCGACGACGGACCGGCGUUGCGGCCGGUGCUCGCCGAGUACGUAGCUUCGAAUGAAAAUCCAUCGGUGGAAGUGGUGGCAUUGCUGCUCAAGUACGGCGCUCGCGUGGUGAUCAAGACGCAGUUCCGCGAUCCGCACGGCAUCCUCAACUCCCUGCAGAAUAUGGCCGACAAGCCGCGGCUGUUGCGCGCGCUGUUGGAGGCGGCAGAGAGCUUCGAUCCCUGCAUGAUACGGCGGUCCAGCAGUCUAACGGACGCGCAGAAAGCGCUGGUGAUGGAAGCGGCCAGGACCCCAUUGCCGUUGAUGCAUCAGGCGAGACUUAUAGUCCGCAGACUCUGCGGCACCAGGCUGCCGAAGAUCGUCAGGAAUUUGCAGUUGCCGCAGUCGUUGCAUCGCUACCUUCUCUACGACUUUUAUUAGCGGAAGAUUGGAGAAAAGGAAAAGUGUUUGUCGGAGAAUUUCCUUGGCCUUUCGGUAAAUUGCGGGAAUCCGUUUCUUAUAUUCCAUGCUCGGGUUAGCGCUUGAGCGUAACUUAAGCUGUAAAGUGUAAAACAGCAUAAGUCCAUAUUUUUUUCUUCAAUAUUAUAUAAGUUAUAUUAAUCGUUAAAAAAAUUAUUUUAAUUAUUUAGUGAAAUUUAUUAUAAAUAAUUAUUUUUUGCAGAUUAUUAGCAUUAAUAAUUGAAUCUAUACUAUGAGGGAUUGUUUCCGAAUUUUAAUUGGUGGACUAAUACUGUUUUGCAUUUUAGAGUUUCAAUCAAAAUCGUAGACUUGUCAUAAAGAGACUGCAAAUAUCAUCUUGCCAGAAUCAAUUUAUGUUAAGGUUGAUGGUUUUUCAAAAGUUGUUGUAUGCUUUUGAAGAUUAUUGAAAUCAAGAUUUAAAAUACUUUGCGUUAUUAUGAGUCUACAUCGGUGAUUCGAUGAGUACAAUAAUGAGGCUGUUGAGGCGCCAUCCUCCCAUUUCUACUUAUUUUUAUGCAACGCAUAUAAAGGCAAGCAACGUGAUAUAAUGCUAACAGUAUAUAUUUUACUUGUAUUAUUGUUCUAGUCACCAAAUGUAUGUUUUAUAUGUAUUUUCUCUUUGCUACGUGUGUAGAAAAAUCGUUCGCAAUGUAGUGAUAUACACACUUUCGUUGCUCAAAUGCGAAUAUCAAUUAGUUUGUCCGAAACUUGUCACGUGCUUAUCUCAAACACUUUUAAAUAUGUUGGAUUUCUAAUUUCAGAACACAUUGAUAAUCACUUUGCGAAAUUAAGCAACAAAAUUAUUCGCCGCUGUGCCUAUCAGCGCUGUGUUGCCGAUUGGACAAACACGCAUCAGAAAAGAAUGAUCGAGCACAAAGUGAUUUGAACUUUUGUACCUUUGUAUAUAUAACUAUAUAUAUGCUCAACGUACUGUAAGAAAUAAAGGGAAAUCGAAUUAGAAC